AUGGAUCCACAACAACCCUCUUCAUCUACAGAGGAGGAACAAACAAAGCAAGAACAACAAGAGAUGAAGGAGAUUGAGGCAAAAUUGUCUCAGCAACAACAAGCUCAGAAAGAGUAUCAGAGUAUAUGUGUGCUUGAUCACUCAUUCGGAUUUGAAAGUUUAAAAAGAAAUAACAUUUGUUUUGUUAAGGAAAAUAUACUUGUAACAACGGUUGGAAAUACAAUACAAUUCUUUGAUAUUCGAGAUAAACGGUAUCGAUGGAUCACAAUGCCUGGCACUGGAGGUUUAGGAGCCCUUGCAGUUCACCCAUCAAAAAAAUACAUUGCUGUCGGAGAGAAGAGCCGAGAGAAACCCGUGGUCAGAAUUUAUGAAUGCAAAAUUGAAUCAGAUGAUAUUGACGGAAUUUCAUUGGAGCCAUUUAAAAUAUUACGAAAUGGUACUUUGAAAGCUUUUUCUUCAAUGUCUUUCAACACCAAAGGAGACAGGUUAGCAACUGUGGGAUCCGAUCCUGAUUAUUUGCUGACAAUUUGGAAUUGGCAACAAGAAAAGAUUGCUCUCCGAUACAAGGCUUUUGGCCAAGAAGUUUUUUCAGUAUCGUUUUCUUCCUCCAACGAUGGGCAAUUAACUACAAGUGGAACAGGACACAUCAAAUUUUGGAAAAUGGCUAAAACAUUCACCGGAUUGAAAUUAAAAGGACAAAUAGGAAAGUUUGGCAAAGUUGACAUUUCUGAUAUUGCAAGCUGUGUUGAAUUACCUGAUGGAAAGGUCCUUUCAGGAUCAGAGUCUGGAUUUUUGUUGCUAUGGGAUGAAAAUUUAAUUAAGUGUCUAUUUACAAGAGCAAACGAAGAGCCAUGUCACGUUGGAGGAAUAGAGGUUGUAUUUUUUGAUGAAAAGUCAAACCAAUUCGUUACAGGAGGAGGAGAUGGUUUUAUAAGAUUUUGGAAUUUUGACAAAAUUGAUUCAGCAGAACCUGUCGACACAAAUAAUAUUAUUUGCUUAACUCCGACUAGAGAGCUAAAGAUUAGUGAUGGAGUUUCCAUUAUUACAAUUGUUCGUGAAGGAAAUAUUUGGGUGGUGCAGGAUUCAAAAGGAGCUUUUUGGAAAGUGCAAAUUGACGACAAUGAGCGUACUAAAGUUCUCAGCUUUCAUGCGGGGGCUAUUACUGGGUUGGCAACUUCUCCAUGCGAUCAUGUAGCUGUUACUGGUGGAGAAGACGGCACAGUGAGAUUGUUUGACUAUUUCUGGGCUAAAAAAGAAGUUUACUCUUCUAGAUUCUCGUCUGGUGUAUCCAAAUUGAUAUGGAACCCACCCCAUGUAGACUUGGAUGGCUUAACCAUCACUGUUGGAUUUAAUGAUGGAUCUUUGAGACUUCUAAAACGGUGCGAGGACUGUUUUUGUUUGAUGAAAGUUGUGAAACCUCACAAAAAGCGAAUCAAUGAUUUUUGUUAUUCUAAUGGAUCUAACUGGCUUGCGACAUGCAGCGAAGAUUGUACUAUCUUCUUUUUAAAUUCGACAACCUAUGAACCAAUUGGAUAUGCAAAGUUUGAAAAGCCUGCAAAAAGUUUAAUACCAACUUCAAAUAGCAAUGAAUUGUUAGUACUGUUCAAGGAUGGAACCAUGUCAAGACUUCAAAGCCCUGAUCCUUCAAUGAUAGACACAUCCAAAACCUAUGAAUUUAAACCUGUUACUAAACAGGUGAAUUUCUCUCAAUUCUUAAAAAAGGUAGAACCUCCGAAAAAAGUAAAAAAGGAAGGCGAUGAUGACGAAGAGGAAGAAGAAGAACAAGAGAAAAAAGAAGAAGUUAAAGAAGAACUACCUGCUGGUAUUUACUUUGGUACUACAUCUCCAGAGGGAUCUUUACUUAUUAGCUUGGAGAAACCACAGGGAGUAGUGAAAUAUGAUAGGCCUAUUUUGACAGAGUUCUCACCUGAGGUUGUGUACCCAAAGAAGUUUAUUGGAACAUAUGAGUCGAUUUGCUCCAGCAUUAGGUACUCCUCAUGCGGGAACUACUUGAUUCUUGGAUUUAAGGAUGGUUUUGUUUGCCUCAUAGAUUUAAAAGCAGGUACUGAGCACCGCUUCGAAUAUGUGCAUGAUUGCAUGCACGGAGAGAUAACAUCGGCAGUUACUAGCUUUGAUGAUAGCUAUCUAUUGACGGUUGGACGAGAAGGAUGUUUCUUUUCCCAAAAAAUUCCAAAGCACGAGAGUCAACAAGGUCAAAAACCACAAUUAACCUUCAAAUCUGAGGAAAACGAAGUCGAAGAUCUCACCCCUGGACAAUCUGUGAGUAUAGAAGAAGCAAGAGAACAAGCAGAGAUAAAUAAGAAACAAGAAGAAGCAAAAAAACGAAAAAUGAAAAAGCAACAAAUGUUGCAACAGAUCAAAGCAAAAUAUUUGGAGUUAUUGAAAGAAAAUGACCGAAGGGAGCCUGACCUUCGUUUAUCUCGUGAAGAAAUUCAAGUAGAUGUUACGCUAAAAGAUAGAGUGCUAGAAAGCAACAAACGCUUGCUUGAGGAAACUAGAAAAGAGAUGGAAUGGCUGUCUGCAAAACAUGACAUUGCACUCAAGAAACUCAGAGACCACUUUAUCGACUGUUUGGAUGUGGAGAGGAUUGUUUUGAGAGCGUUCAAGAGUGGAAAAAUUGUGACAUCUUUUAAAACAAGAAAAUUGGAUGAGGAUUUGAAAAAAGAAAUUGAAAAAGUACAUCAACUCAUCAAUGAGGAAAUUCACCGAAAAAGAGCUUUAAGAAAUCAAAUUCAGGAUGCCCCACCACACUUUGAAACUCAUGACGCUGAGAAUACUCCUCCUUCAGCAACUAAUAAGAAAAAGAAAUUAAAUGGAAACAUGUCCAAUUUUGAAAAGCAGGAGAUUUUGAAGAGAGAAAACGAGGAACGAUCGAGAUUGAGAAAAUUAUUGUUAGAAAAGAAACCUCUUGAUACAGAUGAAGAUCCUGAAGAAAUUGCCGAGAUUCUCAGGGCUCAACAAAAUAUGGGAGACUACAAGCUAAAAACGAACAAUGAUUAUAUUGUACCUGAUGCUCAACGAGUAACAACAGAGAAAAAAUUGAGACAAAUUACUCUAUUGCAAGAAAGUAUGCACACUCUAAGAAUGGUCUUUAAUGUCCGAUUAUUAGGUCUUCGAGAUUUGAAAAUGAGAUUAAUUGACAAGUUCAGAGGUUAUAAUGAAAAGAUUCAAGAAAUCAAUAACAAAAUAGGCAUUACUGAAAAAUUGUAUGAGCCAGAAUUGAAUGACGAAGAAUAUCCAGAACGAAGAGAAAAUAUUACCAUGACAGAGAUUGAAGGUGACGACCAAGAAAAAGUCGAAGAAAAAGCAAAUUCUGUUUUUUCAGGAGCUUCUAAAAAGUCAAGUGCCAAGACGCACCUAAACAAGCAUAAGGAAAAGGAUGAAAAUGGUAUUCCAAUAUCUAGACUUUCAGAGUUAGAAAUUGCAGAGAAAGAAGCAGAAUAUCAACGAUUGUUGUAUGAGAAAAAUAGAUACUUGCGAAAGCAAGAGAAGCAAAUUGAAAGCUUUGACACUGCCAUAGAAGAUCUACGAAGAGAAAAGUUCAAACUUGAAGGAGAUUUGAAAUCUGCAGACUUGAAACUUUUACUGUUGUAUCGAGAGCUCAAAAUUUUGCGAGACUAUGAGACGAAGGAUUUGCAAAAAAUUCAAGAACUCCUCGCUAAGAAACAGGAAAAGGCUGCCAUCCAAGCACAAAUUUCUGAAUGCCAAGAACAACUUCGACAGAAGAAGAAAGAGGUCCAACAAAUCAAAAAGCAAAAGUACUUGAUCCAAGAAUUCAACAGUCUCGUUCCACAAAAUCAUGCAGCUUACUCUGAACUAUGGAAACUAUUUACUGGCAAUGAUCAUGAAGAUGAUGAGGAAAAUUUAUCUGAUGUCGACUCUACUAAUGGAGACAAGAAGGACAAAAUUCCUCAAGGAUGCAGUGAAGAAUUGUAUCAUCAGGUGUUUGAUCUGAAAGUACGAAGGAUUGAGCAAGAAAAGGCACUGAAUGCGAUUGACAAAGCAGCCAAAAGUAUCAAAACCAAACGAGAAGGUUUCCAAAAAAUUGAAGCAAACAUUAUUAAGGACCUUAACAAAAUCGAAGACACCAUUCGAGAGACACAAAAGGAAAAGCAACACAAAAUUAAUGAUUUAGAAACCAUUGUCGUUCUCAAGUUCAACCAAAUCCAAUCCUUAGUACAAAACAAAAUUCCUGCAGACUUAUCCGAUCAAAUUGUGUUCACUAACAAGUCACUACAAGGUUUAUUUGCCAGAAUUCGUGAAUUAUCAGAAGAACGAAAGAUUCUACGAAGGAAAUAUAUGGAGCUCCAAAAAACUCAACGAACCAUGUUGAAAGAACAAAAAAUAUUGGAGGAGAAAUUCCAGAGCGAAAAAGACAAAGUUCGUGAGGUGCAAAUGUUGAAAUUCGGAAGAGAAAUUAACUUGGAGGAAAUGGAAAAUGCUAAAAUUGAUUUAGAGGCAGAAGAGCUAAAGUCUGAGUUAAAUAUGCGAGAACAAGAAGCAUCAAGAAUCCUAAAGGAAUGGGAUAACAAAAUUACAGAGUACAAGCAAACCAUGAUCAAGAUUACCUCCGAGAAUACUCAACUUCUCACUAGAAUUUCAGAGCUGAAAGCUAAACAGCAAGAACUAGAACAUUAUUUGAAUCUUGCACAAAAUACUGUCAUUGAGAGAAUGGAAAGAACCAUCACAACAACUAAGGAUAACACCUCACAGUACAAGCAAAUCAUUAAUGAGCAAAAUGCUAAGAUUGAGAGUGUCAAGAAUGACAUUGCCAUGUUGACCUUUAAGGCAUCAUCUUUGGGAUACUAA